GAACGACGCCGGCGAGAGUGGAGAUGUGUGGAUGGAGUGUCGCGCGCGCGAUCGAGUCUCCUAGCAUAAGCGUUGCUUUGAGUUUUAAUUUUUCUCCAGCUGGCGAUCAGUUUUUCUCAGACAUCAGUGCAUAUCAGUAGACCGCUCAAGACGGACAUACACCCCGGAGUUGCUUACUUGGACUUGGACAGAUUUAAUUUUUUGUACUCGCAAGGACCUGUACCGCAGAGAGUUCGACUUUUGUUCAGUGCGUUCUGUUCUUUACGUCGUGUCUCGCAAGAACCGUUUCGACGCGUGCGUGUUUGGUGAAGACGAUUUUUGUGCAAGCUGAAAUUGUACGGAUUAGUUGAAUUUCUUGUGUGUGUUUUUGUGCUUUUUGGAAGGGUUUCCAUUACAUUUGACGAGUGACAGAGAGUGCCAAUGCGAAAGCCAGAUCCCCCCAAAUCAAUAGUGGUAUUUUUCACCAGCGCCUACUGGGACACUGAAAAAUAAUUCCAACUUUAUUGAACGCUUGAUAAAUGAAAAAAUCGAAAAAGAAUGAGUAGAGUGUGAAGACUUUGUUCAACUGUUUUGAAAUGCGAAACAAAGUAGUUUUGGAAGCAAAAGUGCGUACCGACCUUGGAAAUUCAUUUCUCGAGAAAACGAAAACUCUUGAUAAAAAUUUCCUCGAAAAUUUCUCUUGCUGAUUAAGCGCAAAAUGAGCAUUAGCCAGCGGAGAAGUCACAACCGACGGGGCUAAUGAUUGUGUUUUGUAUGCCAAAAGUUCUUGCAAACGCGCAAACGUAAACCGGAAGUCACGAGUGAAAAGAAAAAGAAGAACCGAACAGAUCAGAACAGAGUUCGAGCGGAAGCAGACGAGCAGGUUCGUCGCCUGUUUGGUCGCCGCGGGAAGAAGGCCGCCACCGAGUGCAGAGUUGUUGCCACCACCAACAAGCGGGCGCUGUAUGUAAGCAGGAGUGAGAAAAACGCCACAUGCGCGUACUCUUCAUGAUGUCGAAGGCAUCCAGACCACUGUUGCUGCUCGGCCUCUGGCUGCUACUUGGCCACACGGCAGCCCAAUCGUCGCAGUCCACCGGCAAUGGCACCGUCACAAUCACCUCCCCAACGUCCACCUCAACCUCUUCCUUUUCGUUCAAAGAGUCCACGCCAGCAGAACCAAAACUUAGGUUUCUAAGGCCAACCUACACGCGAACAGAGCUGAAAGUCUCCAGGAGUCUUGAACCGGAAAACGUUCAGAAACUGAACGUUCGGUCCAACAAUGGCCGAAUGGUAGAAAUCAUCGUGAAGAAACGGGACGAUAAGUCCCCUCAUUCUCGAGCUGUUCCCUUGCCGCACAGUUCAAGACCUGCAUCAUCCGAUGGCUACAGAAUCUCGAGCGAUAGUUCACCGGAAUCAAUCGACAUAAUCAAUGCCUUUUUAGAUCAUGUUAACCGGAUAGAGAGGCCGGCACGGUAUUACGAUGAUGAAAGCUCAAUCAAAAACGAUCGACGUCCGGUGAGAAUCGCCGUAAACAGUCGACCGGUUGAUGACAUGUUGGCUGCCAAGGUUCCGGCGCCGGUCGUUAUCAGCUCAGAUACGAUCUACAUGAAGGACAACCCGUACGCAAAAACCAAAAAGAAGGCUCGAGCACUGCAAGAAAUCGGAGAAGAUGGCAUUCCGGUUGUUCAUGGCAUACGCGUGCCCGAUGAUGAAGAAGAUAAAAAGAAGACCUGGCGUAAUGCCAGAGUGAUCAAUGGCGAAUUAGUCCCAUAUGAGAAAGGUCACGUCCCGAAGAAGAUGGAAGGAAUCGCUGACAACUAUGGGCAGCUAGUCUUCGCCAAGCCAUUUACCAACAGCGAACAACCGAGUCGCAGAAGAAGCAUUGGCCCAUUUACGACGGCCGAUAACUUUCCAGUCAAUGAACAGCAAUCGAAGAGUUUCGGGCCAUUUAGCGUGGAGGACAACUUGCGAUCAAGUGUUCGAGUUAACCACGAUGAACCUACCAGAGCUCAGAUGAGUAUAGGACCGUUUUCGAGAGCUGAUAAUGCUCGCGUAUCGAAUGCCAAGUUGAUCGAGUACAUUAAGAAAAUCAAUGAUCAGGAAAGUAGAAAGCACUACUAUGCGGCUCGUGUGCCAAACAAGGAAAUCUUCGCUGAGCAGCCAAAGAUUCAGAGGCGAAUGCUUCAAAACCCUGGUAAUCCGGUUUAUCCGGUGUCGAAGAUGUAUGCUAUUCCUGGAUCGGCCCAACUUCAAGGUGAAAUAGAUGAUGAUGACAGGAAACCGGUAUUGCAGUACGCACAUCCCGAGCUGGGAGUACAACCUGCGAAAUUCGUUCCACCGGAGAGCAAACCACCAAAAGCCACUAAGAAGGUCAUCAAUAUCGAGUACAGUAAGCACAAUGAUCAUUCACCGUUUGCCAUAGAACCGGCCAUGUUGGGUAAGGACUAUUACAGUGCUCCUCCUCCGAUGAUCAAAUUUCCACCCAAGAAUCCCUAUGAAGAAGUACAUCAACCGGUGAAGAUUCCAGCCACCUAUCCAUACAACUAUGGUUUCAUAAGGCGUGUCAAGCCUGAAAGGCCAUUCUGGGUGAAGAUCAGCGAACAGGUCAAGGAUGGUUUCCAGACAGGAAUCCACUCGGUACAUGAAUUUGCCAAACCCGUGUUGGAUCCCUUGGUGGAAGCCGGCCAAAAGAUCUCCAAGAACUUGGGCUUUGUGAAAAAGUCUAGCGAGGCCAAGGACAAAGCUGAUCUGGUAGUGGCUCCGGCUGCAAACUCGAUUAUGCUGCCUGCACUAGGAAUGUUGGCUGGAGGUGCUGCGCUGGGGAUGGGAGCACUUGCCGUUGGACGAUUCUUCGAUAUGGACCUGCUGCGGAGGUCUGGCGAGCAGUUGGUCAUGGAGCUGGACGAGCUGGAGCAUAAGCGAGCAUUGGAAGGCAUUGAGACCCAUCCGGAUAAGUACUAUCUGGUUGUUCCGACGACCGCCAUUACUCGGUUGGAACCAGUUCAAGAACACGAACAGCAGCGCUUCAAACGCUCGAAAAGAUCAGUGAACAUGUACCGUCUGGAAGAUGAUGCUGUUCAGGAUAAUGAUAUCUAUCGAAAUGACAAAUUCGACGACCAGGGGGACGUAAUUGAAAUAAUUGACCUAAAGUCGCAGGACGACAGCGAAGAGCUACGUGAUGACAGUUACGGCGACAGCGAUGACAGUAUUCAGUCGAUCGGAGAAGACCUGCGCAACCGACGGAGGAAACGUGCCAUCGGGGCGUACGACGAGAGCUUCGGUCAUACGCUGCAGGAUGUGGAAAAGGACGUGCCACGUCCUUCGAGGGUUGGGUUUGAGCAGCAGCUCAAGCAGACCAACUGGAAGAAUCCUUCUUGUGCCAAGCAAACCUUCUGCCUCGUCAUGGUUCAGCAGGGCGCGGAUGACGUGGUAUUGAUGGAGAAGAAGAUGUACACCAUGUUGGAAAUGAUGCAUCCAACACUGGGAGCGAGUCUGACUAGCCACCUGUCCGAGGUAACCGAUGCCAUCAGGCAGCAUGACUGUGCCCGAUUCGUGUGUCAUCAAGCGUGAGCCUAAAGUCGGUGGAAAAAGGAAAUCUAUAACGCUACAGAAUCUGGUGGUUAUGAAGAUUUUAUAUUAAAAUUGAGUUAAUUCAGAAGCAACACAUGGUAUAGAGUACGAAUACGUUACCCACCACAAUGGUGACAAGGAUUUCAACGCAAUCAUCAGUGAGUAGCUAGAACAUGUUUGUACUUUGAACGUUGGCAUUCCUGGAACUGAGGAUAGACCCGACGUAACAUGAGACCUGACCUCACGUGAAAAUUUUGAAAACAUAAAUUAGCCCCACAUUCAUACACAUCUGAACCGUAUUUUGAAAUGCCAAAGGAAGAUUAGGAAGACGAUACGAGAGCGCAGGUUUCGAGCAACGAUCCACCUAAGGAAAGGUUAGCAAGACAGUAUCGUUUGUAUUUAGUGCCUUUAGAGUAAAAGAGAUUAGCGCCGCAGGAAGAAAACAACAAAACUAGAGCGAACUGAUUCGCAACUUUUCGCAACCAUACCCAAUGAAUAUUCACCGGUAUCCGAUGCAGUCGUGAACGGAUGACGACGAACACGUAACGAACGUUUAAACUUAUUUAACCCUAACUUAUUCAAAAGAGCAGCGUCGCGACCUUUUUACACAAAUUGUGACAAAAUGAGAAAUCUCGCAUAUUUAUUAUGGUUUUAUUUAAAUUAAUUCGAGUGGUUAUUUAAUUCAUAAUAAUUUAUUCGCGUGUAGACUGGAGGACCAUUAUCGAUUGGGACAAAGAAACGAAAAAACAUAAAGAGAUGCACAUUUUGUCACGACAUUGACCGAGAAACGACUUAUUCAUCGCAAACCAUCCCUCUGACAGUAAUGAACCGACAAAUACGAUUCGAUGUUAAUUAGGUUUACUCUUGUUGACAGUACGUAUAGGAUUGGUUGUAAACAGUAGAGAGAUAGGUUAAUUGCUAUUUAGUCUUGUUUAAAACAGAACGAGUAAGCUUACCGUUUGUGAUUUGAAAAGAAGCAGGAAAACUUGAUCAGAAAAACUGUAUGGAGAAUAAAAUGAAAAUUAUUAUACAAAUUUA